CAGCUGAAUUUUUGGGUCAAUUAUUCUCAGUAGAAUGGAAACUGUAAACUACUGUAGUACACACUGGAAUUUUAUUUCAAACCUAAAUGCUUUCUUAUUACCUACAUAACUAUGGCAAUCUUCUUUUGAGAGGGGAACAGAGUACAGAUGAUGAAAUACAGUAUGUGUGGAUGGGAGGGUAAGCGUGGAUCAGCAGGGCUGAUCCAUUAUGUUUCCCCACAAGAUUCUAAAGAAAGGAUAGACCCGCAUGGGACUGGAAAACUAGUAUAUAGAGACCAAGACUGAUAUGUUUUUGGAGUGUCCAGAAGCAAAAGAGGACAUUUGAUGACCAAUUCUAAGACAAUGCACAUCUAUGAAUCAGUGUUACCAAAAGUAAUAUAUGCAAAAUUGUUUGGUUGCUGUUGCAUAGUUUGGAGUACAAAUUUUUUGUCUGUGUUUUUAUUUGAGAAAACAUCUUUCCCCUGAAAUGAUUCAGAGAACUGUUAGACUGAUAGAAAGACUUAAUAGAUGAGCAAUGUAAAAAUGUGUUUUUGUUUCCCUAGACAACUGAAUUAUCUUGCAAAAUGUAUUGUGCAAUGAGCAUUACUCUAGGUGAGUAAAUUAUUGGAAGCAACAAUUUUAUUUCUGUAACAGUUUUGGCAAAUAUACUGUAAUUAAAUUAUAUCAUUUGGAAUGUAAUAUUAUCUGAUAAUAAUGACUGAUUCUCUGAAGGAAUUGGGCAACUUGUAAGGUAUAUUAACCUAUUAGCAAUAGUACAAAAUUCAUAGAAAUAUAAAGAUUAACAGAAAUGUCAUUCGAUCUCAUUACAAUUUAUUCAUAAAAUAAUCUUAUAUCAAUUUUUAUCCAUCCCAGGCUGUUCAUAACUUUACAUAUGAGGUGGCAGAUCUGAAUUCUUAAAAAUCUUAAGACAAUGUUGGAUCCUGUACAAAAUAUUUCAUUUACAACUUUUACACUUACUGGUUUUCAUGAUUUGGGAGAAUGGCAGCCCAUUCUAUCCAUUCCUUAUCUUCUUAUGUUUUUAUUGUCUUCGACUUCAAACCUUACCCUCAUAUAUUUAAUUAUAACUCAGAGGGCUCUUCAUUCUCCUAUGUGUAUACUAAUUGGUCUUAUGGCAGUUGUGGACCUGUCUAUGCCAAUAUUUUGUGUGCCAAAUAUGCUGCUAAGUUUCUUAUUUAACUGGAAAGGAAUUUCACUUGUGGGGUGUUUGGUGCAAAUGUUUUGCAUACAUUGUGUUGGUACAUUUCAAUCUACUAUACUGCUUUGGAUGGCUCUGGAUCGUUUUUUUGCUAUAUGUAGACCUCUUUAUUACCACAAAUACAUGGGAAUGCCCAAUUUUCUAAAGUUCAUUAUUUUUCCAGUUAUCAGAAAUGUGUUCUUAAUUACCACAAUUGUUUCCUGGGCUGGAAAAUUAACUUUUUGUGAAACAAAUGAAAUAGAUCAUUGUGUUUGUGAACACAUGGCAUUGGUUCAGCUGGCAUGUGGAGAUAUUUCCAUUAACAAUGCUUUGGGGCUUUUGACUGUUUUUCUUACAAUAACUGCUGAUUUUAUUUUCAUUACAAUAUCGUAUAUAGUAAUACUUUUUUCUAUUCUGAGAUCUGGUAAGGCCUGCUUAAAGGCUGUUAACACCUGCAUUACUCAUAUAAUUGUCAUGACAGUGAGUCUGACUUUUGCUUUAAUUGCCUUUAUGUCAUACAGAAUAAGAAACAACUUCUCUCCGUCCAGCCGUGUCUUCCUGAGUACAAUGUACUUGUUUAUUCCAAGCUGUUUUAAUCCAAUAAUUUAUGGAGUAAGAACCAAAGAAAUAAGGGAACAGUUUCUGAAACUCGUGAAAUAUGUUAAAGUCUUUCCAAAGUAA